UCCUGAAGAAGGCAAGGGAGUACAGAGGUGAGAAGGAUGCAGCGUUUCAUCUGUGUGCAAAAAAGUCAAGAGAAAAAUGAAGAUACAGCUUGAAAUCUGCCUUCGGGUCAUUUUAUGGCUUUGGUUUGAGCAAAUGCUGCAAAAUGUGACUGCAGACAAAAAACCGACUUCUCAAAAAACUGGCUCAUUGGUUUCUGAUGCAAACCUGAUGUUUGAGAUCUUACUGGGCGGGGUGGAGAUGGACCAGGACAACAACAUUGUUCUGCUCGACAAGGAGCUGGCAUCAAUGAGGUCCGGGCGGGCUUUCCUGUCUCAGAUUAACGACAACAUCCCCAGAAGUCGGAGCUCCAUGUUGCAGAUGGUGACCACGCUGGAGGUUCAGAGGAGGCCGCUGACUGAGGCUCAGUUUGAGAGUCUUGUCCUGAGCAUCGUGUACUCUGCCUACCAGGCCCAGCACCAGGACCGAGAUGAGGAACGGGAGGCAUGGGGUGGAGUGCUCCUCCAGCUGGCAAAUGUCACAGUCCAUGAACUCCGUGGAAGUUAUCUCUUUAAUUAUGCAUGAUGCACAUACUGCCAUUCUGUGUGAGAUACAGCUGUAUGCAAUAAAUCACCUAACUGAAA